AUGACCCACGAUGCACUGCUCGACCCGACGUGCGAGGUCUGUCGCAGUGGUAUGCUUUGGCUCGAGCGAGAACUUCUAUCAACCGAGCCGCAUUUCAGGGGAAGGGCUGCUAAAAGAUUCGACCACGCCCGUGUGGACUGGUACCCUACCCUAGCCGGCCUGCGAGAAUCUGCAGCAGCUGGUUGUGAGCUAUGUCGGCUGAUACGGGCUGCCGCGCUCUCGAACGAUGCAGCCAAUGUUUUCAAGGAUCAAAGUGUCAACAUCCAGGAUACUUGCAUGUUGCGAAUCCAAAUUGGGUUUGUUCGACAACGGGACAAAGCAGAGCGCGUAAAACGCAGGGUUUCGGAAUCGGAACCCGAGAUUAUGACUGCUGGUCUACAUUUUCAAUUCCAUCUCGCUAUAGGAGAGCAAAGCAUCCUCACUUCCAACCUUCGCCGAGGACAAUGGAAGCCAAGUAUCGAUGUAUAUAUGAUGCUUGUUGAUGUAAGAGGGGACAUACUCCGGAUCGUCAAGAACACUGAAAUCGGGCCAGAAGAUCGUAACGAUCUGAAAUACCUAGCACUCAGCUAUUGCUGGGGUGUGCAAGCGGAUACGGUCUCCGUGGCAAAAGCAUUAUCGAUUCCAUAUAUUUGGGUAGACGCUCUCUGCAUACGUCAAGACGACUACAAUGACUGGGAUCAUGAAUCGGCGUUCAUGGAUAAAGUAUAUGCUAAUUCCUUUGUCACUAUCUGCGCUGUAUCGUCCACGAAUUGCCAAGAGGGAUAUCUUCAUCGCGAUGGUACUCAGAUACCCAUGUGCAUCAUCGGCUUGGGAAGCCAAGACAUGACACCUCCUUCGUGUCUCAUACAGGCACUACCAAUCAUUUCCCACGGGGAUCCUUAUCGACCAUUGACGCAUGAAUUGCAAUCCAGCACUUGGAAUCGCCGAGCUUGGACAUAUCAAGAGAAUGCUCUUUCGACCCGGUGCAUAUUCUUCUGUCACUCUGGUGUACACUUUCCCUGCUCUAAUUUCGAAUGCUCGGAAUAUCUUGGCGUCGUGGGCGAAUCACGAUUCAAAGGUUCAUCACCCGCGAAGACGCGAGUUCUCUUACGCGACGAUUUUACCAACCCAGAGGAUCAACGAAGUCUCAACUUGGCUUGGGCACAGGUUAUAUCCGAUUACUCCAGACGCGACAUCACCAGAGCCACAGAUCUGUUUCCGUCCCUAUCUGGACUGGCCAAGGAGUUCUCUCGUCGAUUUGGUAGCCAACAAUACGUUGCAGGAUCAUGGAAAGCAGAGCUCUUGAAAGGCUUGAUGUGGCGGGUAGAGGAGGAAGCCAUGCAACCUCUCGAUAAACGUCUGUCAUUCGAAUUGCUACUAGAAAAGUUGUGUGGUCAGCCAUACAUUAGUCCAUCGUGGAGCUGGGUUGGCCGUGAACAACAGAUACAGCCUUGCGAUCAAUUCUCACCAAGCGGCAUACCUGACUAUGAAGGGGGCAGCAUAUCAUAUCCUGCGUACAAGCGUCUGGAGUCUUCGGUCACACCACUGACAGGGAACAUCUUCGGCAAAAUCUCCACUGCCAAGCUCAUUUUGGAGACACACAUUUAUCAUCUUGCCAGCGGAGCUCUUCUUCCAGAUAAACAGCCAUCAAAUCACCCUAUAGUAUACCACAAUGGACUGCCUGUUCAAUUGGGAGGUAAAGACGGCCCUUUGUUUCAGCUCGAAUUAGACUGGAAGUUUGCUGGCAACGAAGAAGACUUGGACAGCUUAACGCUAGCACUUCUAGGAAGUUCUACCGUUAGCGAGGAAUACUCGGAUCAUCCAUUUGAAAAGAAAGUAAAAAGCAAGGAAAAACGCCCUUUUGGCUUAGUCCUUCAUUCUGCGGCUGAUAAUGAGCAGUAUUUGCGUGUUGGAAUUUUUAGCAUACCAGGAGAGGCCCUUAUUCAAGAUGAACUGCCGCACUGGAAGUUUUUUGAGAACUGCAAGGUGCUACCAAUACAGAAGGGCAAGCGACAAGGCGCCCACGACAGGAAGACUUCGUCAUCAUCAGCUGGUGAUCCUCGAAAGGCCUAA